AUGGGCCAAAACUUUCUUCGUGGGCUGCCCGCGAAUUAAGUGGCCAGUUGCCCGUUGCGGUUCGCGAUGUCUAAACGCGAAAGUAAAAGUUUUUCCAGCAAGGUGCUGAUAGUGCUUCUGAUUGUGGUCCUUGACCAGGUUCAUUCAGAGUCCUUAAGCAAGGAUUUCCCGCAGGCCAAGUUCGAAUGGCCCUCGUUUGGCUGGAUGCGCAAUAAAACCACCAAGGGUACGCCCUCUUUGGACUUAAAAAAUGACUAUAGCCAUAUGGAAUUGGCCAACUUCGGGGACUUUGACCGCCAUCCCUGCAGAAGGGUUUGCCAGCAGGGGCAGUCGCAGAACUGCUACUACCAACUGGUCGUUCACAAUUACCAAAGACUUGGACCGGAAUGCCAGAGAUGUCAGUUCGAUGAGAGAGCCUGCGCCACGGAACACUGCAUCUUUGCCGAUGGAGUGGCCAAUCCAGUGAUGGCUGUUAAUCGCAUGGUUCCAGGACCUCCCAUAGAGCUCUGCGAAAACGAUACAGUGGUGGUGGACGUCUUGAAUUACCUGGGUGAGCCCACAACGAUGCACUGGCAUGGCAUUCACAUGCGUCGAACUCCGGAAAUGGAUGGAGCUCCAUUCACCACCCAAUAUCCAUUACAACCUGGUGAAGUGCAGCGCUAUGAAUUCCAAGUGGAUCGAAGUGGUUCGCAGUGGUAUCACAGCCAUGUGGGUUGGCAGCGAGGAUUUGGAAUUGCUGGUGCCUUGAUAGUUCGCCAAACUCGGCAGGAGAAUCAGCACUCUCAGCUCUACGACUACGAUCUAGUGGAGCACACCCUAAUGAUCCAGGAUAUCUUCUACGAAUACAACCUGCAGGACGUGCGCAAUAUCCUAGUAAAUGGAAAGGGUCGCAAUCAUCUCAGCCAGCUGCCAGACAAUGAUAACCGACAUCGUUAUGAAAGGCUUAGGAUUACGCCUGGCUAUCGCUACAGAAUGAGAGUUGUCCUGAAUGGUAUAUCCAACUGUCCCGUGGAGUUCUCCAUCGAACAGCACAAGCUAUUGAUCAUCAGCACCGAUGGUAAUGACAUAGAACCCGUUCUGGCCGAUGGCUUCUUCCUGACUUCCGCGGAGCGAUUUGAUUUCGUUUUGGAGGCCAACCAGUACGCCAAGAACUAUUGGAUCAGGGUUCGGGGCUAUGAGCAGUGCGAGGGUCGCAAUCUUUACCAAGGAGCAGUACUUAGCUAUCGAGGGACAGCUCGCGCUGAACUGCCGCAAGGUAAUAUCCUGGAUAGGCAAAGGAGUAGGUCAGCAAAAGAAGAUCUGGUAUUGGUCAAUGAUUUCCGCUAUAAGCUUGCGAACUCCUCGGAAGUAUCCUCCCUUCGACAGUCGUUGGAUAAGGAUUACAAUGUGGGCACUGUGGCCCUGCGAUCGGUGGAAGCAGUGCCCUGGAAUCGCUACACCCAAUUCCUGACCCAUUACUCUAGCUUCGGUUCUCGAACUGCGCAAAACGGAGAGCUGCUUUUCCAGAUCGACGAUGUUUCAUAUAAUUCCCCGGGAAUAUCCUUGCUGCAGGGCAGACAUCUUUACCAGGACGACGGAUAUUUCUGCAAUAAGAGCUCACUGGCUGCGGCGGGGCGUAAUUGUGAAAGGGAGCUUUGUGAGUGUGUCCAUGUGAUGCGACUUCCAGCCUAUCGACCGCUGGAAAUGGUUGUGGCCAACUAUCUGGACAGCACACAUCCCUUCCACAUACACGGCUACACAUUCCGACUGGUGGGCCAAGGUGUCCUGGGAAAUCUCAACGAUCUGCGCAAUAUCCGGGAACUGGAUCGCAGAGGACGUCUGUCUCGUUUAUCGGAUGACACCUCAGCCGUGGCCAAAGAUACUGUACAGAUUCCGGGUCUAGGAUACAUUAUCGUCCGCUUCAUCUCGAACAAUCCUGGAUUUUGGCUAUAUCAUUGCCAUGUUGAAGCACAUGCUGUUCAAGGAAUGGUGGCUGUCCUGAAGAUCGGCGAAGAUCACCAAAUGAAAAACAUUCCGGCACGUGUGCGGUGUUAAGAUUAAAGAAUUUCAAUUCCGCCGUCGUUUCGCCAAUUUGAGUUACAAAAUAAUUUAUAAGAACCUAA